AUGGUGGAGCAGUCUGACCGAGCUCCGCUGCUGGACUGGGAGGAGAUUCCUCCGGGCCAGCCGCCCCCCAGCGGCCCCUCUCUGGACCCGGCGGACUCCGUGAGCUCCGAACCGUCGAAGUGCCGGCCUCAGGGCAAGGAGGGCGCCGGCUCCGGCUGGACUUUGAGCCCUGGAGCUCCGGGCAGCGGAACAGCUGUCAGAGGCAGAAGCCCGCACUCCCCCUCCAUACAGGCCGGGCCUGAGGGGGACGCCGGAGCCACAGAUGAAGAAGGAGACUGCGCUUUCACCGGGCUCUCCGUUAAAGAGCGUCGAGCCGCUGAAUGGGAGGAGAAGGACCAGAUUGUUGCCGUGUUCGUGGUGACGUUCGACACGAGAUCAGGAAACAUGGUGGAGUGGUGCUUACCUCAGGAUGUAAACCUGGAAGGUGUGGAGUUCAAGUCUAUGGCCAGCGGCUCUCAUCGAAUCGCGAAUGAUUUCAUAUAUUUCCGAAAGGGUUCUUACUUUGGGCUGGCGUGCUUUGCUAAUAUGCCAGUGGAAAGUGAGCUAGAGAGAGGUGCCCGAAUGAAGUCUGUAGGCAUUCUGUCUCCGUCCUACACCCUGCUGUACCGCUACAUGCACUUCCUAGAGAACCAAGUCCGGCACCAGCUGCAGUGUCCAGGCCAGUACUCUCCACUAGAGGCAUUUUAUGAGGAUAAAAAGGCCGUGCUUCCCCCUGGAGGGAACGGCCUGGUCACUGCCUGCCCCACCAGUGCCCUGGGGACCAUGGUAAACCGCUGCAUGCAUCCAGAGAUGAAGAUCACACAUCCUGCUGGCUGCAUGUCCCAGUUCAUCCGCUUCUUUGGAGAGCAGAUAAUGGUACUGUGGAAAUUUGCUCUGUUAAGGAAGCGCAUCCUCAUCUUCUCCCCUCCACCUGUUGGCGUGGUCUGCUACCGGGUAUACUGCUGCUGCUGCCUCGCUAAUGUGUCCAUACCUGGAAUCGGUGCCUCUGUGCCGGAGUUCCGCCCCUUCUUCUACAUUAACGUGGCUGACAUUACAGCUCUGGAGACCGAGCUCUCCUAUGUGGCUUGCACCACAGAGAAGAUCUUUGAAGAGAAGAAAGAGCUGUAUGACGUCUACAUUGACAACCAGAAUGUGAAGACCCACAGAGAGAGCCUGCAGCCUCUGCUCCGAAUCAACAGUGCUGACCGGGAGAAGUAUCGCAAGCUCAGUGAACAGAGGCAACUGUUGCUGUAUUCUCAGGAGGUUGAUGGGGACUGCACCACUAAUGAGGAAGACCUUUUUAUUCUGUUCUUCAUGGAGCAGAAUAACCGCAUCUUCCAGACUUUGUUGGAGGUGGCAGGAAGCGCUGACCCCACUCUGACCGCUGAGCAUGUGCGAGCCAUGGGGUUGGAUCCACAGGGCGACCGUGGUUUCCUGGUGGACCUCCUGGAGGUCUACGGUAUCGACGUCAUGCUGGUUAUCGACAAUCCCUGCUGCCCGAGCCAGUACUGACCUUUGGCCGCACUGCUGGACCGCCCUGAUACUGCCAACGCCCCAGGGCACUGUCCUUCCUUCAGGCUUUGGUACACUCUGCUGCCUUCACUCCCCUGCCCCCCCACCCCCUCACGGCAUUUGUCUGCUUGUGUGUGUGUGUGUGUGUGUGUGUGUGUGUGUGUGUUCGUAUGUGUGCUUGUUUGCUUAAUAACCCUCCAGACACUCCUGGGUUUCUUUCCUACUGCGCCUACUCUCACAUCCUGAAAAAAAAGAUAAAACUGUGCCUCUUUGUUACUGCUUGUAAAGUGUGGAGCUCAAUUGUGACUUUGUUCUUCUAGCCAGCGCUGUUUUGGGGACCUGAUGUAAUGUCCCUUGCUGGGUUUCGAAUGUGCUUCACCUGGACCCCAAGAGACUAAACACAAAGCAGUCCAGCAAUGGAGCCACUUUCAUCCCUGUGCGCAUCUGGUUUCCUGUCUGGUGAAGGAAUGUAAACAACAUGGUAACAUCUGCCCCACAUCGUCAUAUGUACAUGUAUAAGUAACGGUUUCCAAAGCUGAACUGUAUAAUGAGCUGGACUGGAUUCCUUGUGUUGGAGACUUCCAUAAUCCCCUGCUUCAUUCAUUUGGCUUCACCAUGACUGCGUCACCGAUAAACGCCUGCAAAACGUCAACCUCAAUAUGAUGAAUGAUGGUUUUGAUUUCACAGAGUUUGACCAUCUUUGCCUCUCUCGCCACACUGAUGCUGUCUGGUUUUUGUCACUCCUGGUUCAGUUUUGGAGGAAGAAGGAACAGUUGGAGUUCCAUCAGAUGAGCUCUUGAUGGGUCUUCAGGGUGGCUUUGGAUGUGGACUUUCUUGCCUUGCUUCGCUUUAUGACUUUAUUCUGUACAUCAGUCACUGAAGACACAGACAUCCCAACUACUGUAUGUUCACUUUUGCAACAAUCAGAAAGGACUUUGGUUUAGCUGCAUACUGUCUGAACACACCUCUUUAAUCACGGCACUCGUUAGGGCAGGGCAGGCCUCGGACGUCGUCCUCUGAAGCCUGCACGAUUUCUUUAGUUUUGAUAGUGGCUUGAGUAGGUGGCAUCGUAUUAAGGGGGAAUUCCACAGAUUGUAUCAAAAUUUCUGCAUGGUGCAGUCUUCGGGAUCCACGUCAUUCCCAGUGGUUUGAUCUAACAUCGUGACAUCAAAGGUUUCUUUACGGUGGUGGUGAUGGGAGCUAGGGGUCACAAAGCAAACACAUUUUAUUUAUCCAAAAAUAACUAGUGAACGUAUGUGUGUCUAAGGUUUUGUAUGCAAUAUUGAUGAUGAAAAAAUGGUAAAUAUGAAAAAGCAUAAGCUUUCUUUGGGGACUAUUCUGCCUUAUUAAGCCCUACAUGUACCUUGCCACCAUUAAUGGAUGUUAAAAAUAUGUUUUAGGCCAAAACCUCAUCUCAGAAUUAUGACUAAACGGUGCCUCAAGCACCAGGCAGCAUAGCUAUAUCCAUUUUGUGUAAUAACUUCCUUUGAGGGAGUUUAAACUGCAUUAAACUGUUCAGAUGUUUGGUUCCUACCACCACCACUGUGAACUCUUCCAUGAUGUUGCUCGAGAACAGAGCUUUUUUUUUUUUUUUUUUUUUUUUUAAGUCAAACCUCUGAAUGACUUGUUCACACCUUAGCAAUUUCAUUAUGCAGACAUUUUUAAAAAUCAGUGGAAUAUGCUGGGGGUUUCCUCCUUCUGGCUUGCUUUGGUCUUUGAGCUCCUGGAUUAUCUUUUGGCUCACGCUGCUCUUGAGUGUUCAUGACCAGGCCCUCAUCGGGACCUUUACAAGGCAACUAUUAUUAUAAUAAAUUAUAAUGUGACCAGGUACAUUACGUCUAAACCGUAAUGACACAAAAGAAAGAGUUGUGUGUAUUUGUGCUGUACAGGAGGUUACUCUCCUCACUGUUGCUAUUGAUUGUAAAUUAUUGUACAUUUCUUCUGCGCCACAUCACGCACAGCUGGUGCACAUUGACACAGAUAUGUAUUGUAAAGCUUCCGAGUCAUUUUCAUUUCACUCUUGGGGGAAGAAACAUGAAUGUGAUUCUAACUCACCAGUGAAUGCUGUGUUAUUUGUUUACUACUUUUACUGACCGUACUGUUUUGUGUAUGUUUGGGCACCAUGUUUGAAAAGUUUGACCAAGUAUUUUUCAACAGAACUAGAUUCCGUCAGCAAACUGGCCAGGUCAGGUUCUCCAACAAGACGGGAUACUGUCUGUGAGUGUUAUCAGUGUCUGUGAGCUGGGUGUUUACACGUUGGUCAUGGUGGGGGGUUUGGGGGUGUCGACUGCGUUAUUUGGUUCAUAGAUUAGACUUAGAUUAAUUGUAAUCCAUGACUGUAGCAUGGAUGUGAGGCUAGGUCAUGUUUAUCACUAGACAUUUUGUGUCUGUGAGGGUCUGUAGCCCUUAACUCCCUAACAAAGAGUCUAUUGUGUUGCGCGGGGGCUGCUUCAGGGGCUGCUGAUCUUGGGGUAGUGACACGUUGGGGAUUAGCCCCAAUUCGCACAAACAGUGCCCAUCUGUUGCAGCGGGGCUGUCUUUUAAGCUACGCUGCUUCUGUUGGCUCUGUGUUGAAUGGAACUGUACAGGCUCUUAAAUACCCUUGAAAAUCGAUAAGAAAUGUUUAGAUCCUCGAAAUCCAGCCACAAUACAUACAUUCCAGUCUAUCUUUGGGUGCCGUGCCUAGAUUAUGUUUUGUUGAAGUAAACACAUCCUCUAAAGAGAUCUUAAUGCAUGAUCACUGUUUAUUUGCUGAAUUUAACAUAUUAAUAAAUAUAAUAUUAAAUAAAAUGUCAUUUUAUUUUAUGACCUGUGCAAAAGUGAUGGCAUGUUUUAUUUUAUUUAUUUAUUUUUUGUACAACAUGUUUAACCCAGCUUAAACAAAAACUGUGGACUGAAUUUGCCGAAAAACGUCAUACUGAGGAUGUUUAUUUGUGAAAACGAGUCAAUUAACCAAAUUAACAAAACAUGCCAUUUGACUGUGGGUGCGCAAACUCUAGCAUAUGAAUGUAAAUACAUCAGAAGUGGAACAAAACGUGUAUGUUUGAGGUGAAGAUUUGGUUUUGAUCUGUAAAUAUCUCAUUUACACAGAUUGAUUUGGCUGUGCCAACUGUUCAUCAUAAUAAGUCCCUAAAAAUAAUUUAAAAAAGAAACCCUAGAACUUGUACGCAUGAGAAAACAAGCCCAGGCAUCUGAGCACACGUGUAUGUACACAGUAUAAGAUCCUCCUCUCUGCUGCCCCCCUGCUUUAGGAUGCACCCAGAGAACUAGUCUUGAUCACUGACCGGAAUUUCCAGAAAACAUUUACUCACAGUUACAAAGUGGACUGCGAAUAGUUUUUAUUAAUGAGUGCAGGCACUCAUUACUCAGCUGGGGAUGGAAUGGAAAGAAGUGGGUUCAGUCUGUGUUACUUUUAUUAAACAUGAUAAUCUAUUUAAAAUCUAAAUCAACUAUAUAUACAUAUAUAUAUAGCUAUUAAAUUUGUAAAUAAAAUCCGUCAAUAGAAUUGAUGUGGCUGAAAUGCAAAAUGUGAUCACUCGUGUUCUGGUUCCUUCUCAGAGACCCAAGAGCUCUUUUUGGUGUGGUUUUGUUCUACAGCUGAAAGGAGAAUGUACAGCAACGAGCAUUAAUGUAACAUAACAUGAGUUUCUGACUCGCGCACUGGACGAAUGUUGAGUUCUACUCCGCUGAUAUCAGCACUAGUUAACACGCCUGUGUCGCACCGCAUACUGUAACAGCAUGUAGCUCUUAAUUUAAAGCCAGUGAUUCUUAUUUACUGCCAUUUGGACAUAAUAAACUUCUCUCUGUA